UAGAACGUCAGCAUGUCAUGUUCCAAGAGGCAGAAAAUUGAGAAAUUCUUCAAGUUCGGUAGUAAUUCAGAAAACUGUACAGUUUGUAUUCCCGAGGUUCUUGAUGGUAACUAUGGCAUGUAUGUGUGGCCAUGUUCUCCAGUAUUAGCACAGUAUAUCUGGUACCAAAGAUCACAACUCAAAGGCAAAACUGUACUUGAGAUUGGUGCAGGAACUUCUCUUCCUGGGAUAGUAGCAGCUAAAUGUGGAGCCACAGUCAUUCUCAGUGAUAGUUCUGAUUACCCACAAUGCCUUGAGAAUUGUGCUGCAACAUGUGACUCAAACAAUCUGUCCAAUAUAACAGUGAUUGGUAUAAAAUGGGGACAGUUCACACCAGAAUUACUAAAUCUUCAACCUGUUGAUAUUAUCUUAGGGUCAGACUGUUUCUUUGAAACUAAAGACUUUGAAGACAUCAUAGUUACUGUAGCAUUUAUAAUGGAAAAAAGGCCAAGUACAGAGUUUUGGUGUACUUAUCAAGAAAGAAGUUCGUCUAGAAGUAUUGAGUACCUACUGUUAAAAUGGGGAUUAGAGUGCACAGAGAUUGGUUUAGAAACAUUUGAAGCAGAUUCACCAACCCUGGCAGAAUCUACAUUACCUGGGAAUCAUACUAUUCACAUGUACAUUAUGAAAAAGAAAAUUUCUUCUGACAGCUAGAUUUAUAAUACUACAAUGGACCGUUUCAGAAAUGCUGCUCCAUUUUCAUGAAUUACGUUGCACAGUUUUAGUGUCCUAAUAUCUGAUGUCUGAGCCAAUCAGUAACAUUCAAAAUAAGAUUUUCUAACAAUUCAUUACCAUUUUUUAAUUGGUCCAUUGUACUGCUGUAAUACAUUUACAUUACUAAGGAGAAAACAACUGCUUUAUUGUAAAGAGGAAAUGGUAAUAUGUGGGUUAAAAAUGAAAUAAACAACCAAAAGAUGUCUUGUAUUAGAUUACCCAUAAAUCAGUAAUAUAUA